AUGGCUUCUUCAACUCGCUCUCCCUACACCGCAUGCAAAGUCGGCGCCGCCACGCCUCCGAGCACCGCGUCUUCAUUGAGAGAAAGACGCCCGUUAUUCACGUCGGUGAGGAGCACACUCUCUGGUCAUCACAAUGCUAUGUUUUUAGAAUUGGCCUCUUGUGUAGGUCGAUUCCUUCCCCUUCCGCGCGAGCCUAGAAGUGCCGCUGUGGCCUGGCACAACCUGCGUAAAUCCUCCCACAGAGACGUUCGACCAUGUCCGCAAGAUCCCGACCCUCGAAGACAUCAUAUUUCCUGUGGACGGAAUCGACGAAGACUCCCGCCUAUGUCCCGAGACCUUGCUCCCUACACGCCGACGCCUUCCUUUGUCGAGCGCCCGAACGACAGCGACGAUGAGAACGUCUUUAGUCUCCCCGAGAACCACGGCGUAGUGGUCUGCGAGAAAAGGAUCUGGUGCCCGCAGUGGCAACUCAAAAAGGAGAUAGCACCUUGGCCAGCGCUGCCAAAGAUGAUAUGGGAGGGAGACGACAGAGCGAAGACAACCGUGGGCCGAUUUCUCCCUCUUCCACCCGAGCCUGGAAGUGCCGCGGGUUUCCUGUGGCGUUUGACCGACGGAGUACUCUCCUUUCACAAUGUCCCCGCGGGAAACAGCCUUUACCCUGGGCCCGAUGGCAUACUUGCGACUACCUAUCAAUCCCCUGCCACCGCUCUCGGGCAGAUGACCGCUGACCAAGUCAGCGAUUGAUAGAAGGAAUACCAGAGGACGAGAAGCAAUGAUGACUUAUGGCUAGGGACGCUGGCGGUUUGAAAGAGGAUUGGAAGUUGGGUACGGUG